GAUGGCAGUAACGAUCAAUCGGGCGCUCGUGAGCACAACGCCCACUGAAGCCACGAAGAAGAGAGGUAAUCGCAGCUGUACCGACUAACAGGCUUGGCUACUUAGCGAGGCGGCCAUACAGAUACGGGAGUGACCGGGGAAGACUACCACCUCCCAACAAAAACUAUAAGGAUUUGAUUAGCACCAUGUAUGCUCCGCCGGGUUCAACUGCACCUGGAGGCCGGAGGAGAAGAGUGGGCACUUCGCUGCCCAAGCAGCCGGAGCGGAGCCUAGUGUCGGCGCUGCCCGGAGCUUUGUCCAUCACAGCGCUGUGCACGGCUCUGGCUGAGCCCGCCUGGCUACGUGUUCAUGGGGGUACCUGCCCCAGGCAGGAGCUGGGAGUUGCGGAUGUCCUGGGUUACAUUGAUCCCAAGCUUUUGGACGAUUACUGCAUGAACCCGCAGACCGUCCUGCUGCUGAGAGUCAUCGCUGCUUUCUGUUUCCUGGGCAUCCUGUGCAGUCUAACUGCUUUUUUGUUGGAUGUAUUUGGACCCAAACACCCUGCACUGAAGAUCACUCGUAGAUAUGCUUUUGCACAUAUACUCACAGUGCUGCAGUGUGCCACAGUCAUAGGCUUUUGCUAUUGGGCCUCAGAGCUGAUCUUGUCACUCCAGCAGCAGCAUAAAAAAUACCACGGCUCUCUCAUCUAUGUCACAUUUGCCAUCAGUUUCUACCUGGUGGCAGGUGCCGGCGGAGCGUCCAUCCUUGCCACUGCUGCUAACCUCCUUCGCCAUUACCCCACAGAGGAGGAAGAGCAAGCUUUAGAGCUGCUUUCGGAGAUGGAGGACAGCAGCGAGACUUUUCCAACUGAUUAUGACAUUGCCAAUCAGUUUCAACCACCACCUGCCUACACACCCUAAUCCCACCAGACUGGCCUUGCAAACGUUUCUCUCAGCUCAGCUAUUUGCUUUGUGUGCGAACAACACUCUAUCAAAUGGAUACCUUCGCAAAUACUCGUGGCAAUGAACACAGUGUGUGCACAGCUGGUGCACAGCUUCCUUGAAUGACAGUGCUUGGGUGCAUGAAAUCUUUAGUGGUGGUGGCAAUUUAGGAGAUAAUUCUUACUUCCACCGCUGGAGUGGUUAGUGAUUUGCAUGUAAAUGGCUUUUAGGGUCCGGUCUUUACAUGUAAAGAUAAAUAAACUGCAGAGUGUUAUCUGUGCUCAGCUGAGGAAGCAGCCACAGCCUGAUCUGUGCUGUUGAAUUAAAAGCGGUCGGAAAGUGAAGCGAUUGGACUCGGGUGGAGCUUUGUGAUUUAAUUUGAUGUACUUGUGUGUCUUCUUUUUCUUGAUGCAACUUAAAUGCAGAGCUAUGUGUACACUGACAGGUUUGUUUUAAACAUUUAUUUUAUAAAAAAAAAAUAUCAGAUGGACCUUAUUUAUUGUAUGUGCUGUCUUUUUAUGUUUGUUUUCCUUCUGUUUGUACACAUCAGUCACUGGUGUAGUUUCAUCUCUAUUAGAAAUACUACAAACAUUUAUAAAAGUGUGGGGCGUGUGUGCGUGUGUGUGCACAAAAGUCUACAGUAUGUGUUGUGAGCUGGUGGUCAUACAGAAAAUUGUUUUUUUCCAGCAACAAACCUCACGCAUAAGUUAGUUAUGUCAUGUUAAUUGUAUUUAAUUAAAAACAAAUCUUGUUUGUAUUUUGUGAAUACCAUAAAAUGUCAUGAGUUUUAAUUGUACUUUUUUUUAGAUUCGAUCAGAAUCUUGUGUGACGUUCCCACAUAGUGUUCCUGCUGAGGGUUGAGUUUGUGGCUGAAGUGAUUGUUGUCGGCUUUAAAUUGAUUGUUCUGUUUUAAGUCAUUUUCUACGUUUUGUCCUUCACUAGUUUCUUCACCUGGGUGUAAAUAACCAUUGUUUAUACAGAAAGUGGCCAUAAUAAAAUA